UUGAAAAUAUCGAAGCUUUGCAGAUGGGAUGAGAAAACGAAAACUUACCGUCUUUCUGGCACGAAAACAUGGAUCAGUAAUAGCCCUGUAGCAGAUGUAUUUAUAGUCUGGGCCAGAAGUGAUAAACAUAACAAUGACAUCAAGGGAUUUAUACUUGAAAAAGGAAUGGACGGACUAACAGCACCUAAAAUUGGUGGAAAACUUUCACUUCGAGCGUCUAUAACUGGACAGAUAGCUAUGGAUGAAGUUCCCGUACCGGAGACAAAAGGUUUGAGUGGACCAUUUGGUUGUUUGAACAAUGCUCGUUUUGGAAUCGCAUUCGGUACAUUGGGUGCCGCAGAGUCAUGCUUUCAUCUAGCUCGAGAGUACGCUUUGAACAGGUCUCAAUUCGGGCGUCCUCUUGCUCAAAACCAACUGAUACAGCUCAAAUUUGCUGACAUGUUGACAGAAAUAACCCUUGGACUGCAAGCCUGUUUAAGGGUUGCACGAUUGAAGGACGAAGGAAAAGCGACACCCGAAAUGAUUUCUAUGAUCAAACGAAACUCGUGUGGAAAGUCUUUGGAUAUCGCCCGAAAAGCCCGAGAUAUCCUCGGUGGAAAUGGAAUUGUCGACGAGUAUCAUGUCAUGAGACAUAUGGUCAAUUUGGAGACAGUAAAUACGUAUGAAGGCACUCACGACAUUCAUGCGCUAGUUCUUGGCCGAGCCAUCACAGGACUUCAAGCAUUCCAGUAA